UCGUGAGGGACAGGUUGAUCCGCCGGAAACAUGGGGUUCGCCAGAAACUACCUCGUGAGCCUGCUCCUCUACGUUUCCAUCGUCAACGAGAUCCGCCAGCCAGCGGUGACGUGCCAAGAUGAAGAGAGCAGCUAUUGCAUACCGAAGCAGACCUUCGUGGCGCUGCUGCGCCUGCCGGAGGUCAGCUCGAAUCUGGCGGCCUACUCGAGGACGGCGAGGAUCAUUCAGGAGACGAAGAAUCGCAACGACAUGGCCCAUCUGAAGGCCCUCAGCCUGGAGGAGAGCGACGACGCCGAGAUCUGUAUACCCAGCGGGCUUUAUCUCGAACUCUUCAGGGACCCGGCUCUGCGAGGACAUCUGAGCGUGAUGGCUCGCACGCAAAAGUUGCCCGAAUUCCCGGGACGCCUUCUGGAUGACAGCGAGGAGGCUGAGACGAGGGACGCGAUCCCCGAAUUGGAGAAACGCAGCCUCGCCACGUUGGCCAAAAACGACGAUCUGCCCAUCACCAUUCGUCAAGGCGGCGGUGACGACGGGGAGAAACGGAGCACCCAUUCCAGCGACAGUCUGGACAGUUUGAGCAGACUUCUGGCGGAGGAGUAUCGUCGGCGAGUACCCGAGAUCUACGACUUCCUGUCCGAAUUGGAGCCGGAGGAGGGCGAAUACGUGCUCGACAAGCGCAACGUGGGCUCCCUGGCGCGUGACUUCGCCUUGCCCACCGGUAGACGUCACAUCGCCUCGGUGGUGCGCGAUUACGGUUUGCCGAGCGGCAAGAGGAACCUCGGCGCCUUGGCGAGGCAGAGCAUGUUGCCGUUGAACGGUAAGAGAAACGUCGCCUCACUGGCGAGAUAUUACAUGCUGCCGCAGGCCGGCAAGAGGAACGUCGCCGCGUUGGCCAGGGACUCAUCUUUGCCUUACGGCAAGCGUUACCUCGGUUCGCUGGCUCGGAGCGGCGGCUACCCGAUUCACGGCUACGACGACGGCAAGAGGAGCAUCGCCUCCUUGGCUAGGAACGCUGACUGGCCGGCUUUCGCGAAGCGAGGUGGCUCGGCGGCACCUGGCAGAAUGAUGGCCACGAUGCGAGUGCUCAAUCGCCACGGAAGAUCCUUGAACGACGAUCGCGAGACGGGCAAUCAGGAGCCCCUGGACCUCCAGCGACUCAUCAGGCAGGGGCACAACGGCGACGAGGAGAAGGUGGACCCUGCCGAGUGGCAGACCACGCCGUUCAGCGUCUCGGACGAGCUGGAGGACACCAGGGCGAAGAACAGGUCCAGCCGGAAAUUGGACGUCGCGUCGCAAACGAGACACAAAAGACAGAUCGACUUCUCCGACGAGUAUCCGCUGCCGGUCGUGCAAAACGCCAACGUAUUCGACUACGAGGACAUGAUCGAGGCUCUCGCCGAUCACUAUCCGAACGCGGAGAAGAGGUUCAUGGGUUCCGCGCCGGAGAUGCCGGCCGACUCGGGCUACCCUGAAGUUUUGCAAACGAGUAAGAGGCAUAUCGGGGCCCUCGCGCGCCUCGGCUGGCUCCCGUCGUUCCGUGCACCACGAUUCUCUCGGUCGCCGCGAUAUCUGGUCGAAAGGGAGAAUCCCGCAGAUGGGCCCGCGUCCCACUACACCACCGACACGUCGGCACGGUCGCUAAGCCCGUUAUUCACCCCGAAAACUCGCUACUUGCAGUCCUUGCACGGAGACUGUCGACACGGCUUCAAGAGGUUCCUGCUGUUACCGGACGUUGAUGACUUUCUUCGACCGAAUUCCCGCAUCGCGCCUCGUUCCAUGUAAAGUUCUCGUUUCACUGUUCAUCCAGGUGCCGUUUUAAAUAUAUAACAUAUGUCGGGAUCACAGCGUGGUACCCGGCGAAUUGAAAGGACGAGGGGAAAACAAGCGCGUACGAUUAAACGAAUGUAAAUAUUCGGAUCCUGAAAAGCCGGCGUUUCUUCUUACUCAUUAUCGAUGGUGGAUAUCGAAUUAGUCGGAUAUCCCGAUUACACAAUCGGACGCUCGAAUAUAAUCGGUGAAAUAAUAGAUGUACGUUGAUUCGGUCGGUUUUAUGAAUUAUUAGACAAAUUUUGGAAGAAUACGAGCGUAGAAGUAAGGAAACACGUCGUAUAUACUUCAACGGACAAUCCCUACGCUCGCGGGGGAUUGAUCCUCUCGCAGGAUCCGUCGACAAUAAGCUUACUUUUCGCUGACAAUAAUCUUACGUAAUCCUAAUGUAAAGCCUUAAGUGUGCCGUCAUGUGUCGAGCAGAGAGCGAUUUGAAUUCUCACGCAGAAAGCGUGUAUGUCUAAAGCAAGUUCUAAUUCUUCGCGCGACAUAUCCUUCUCGUUCGAGAGGCUCUCGUCGGACUACAAGAGGGUUCAGUUUUUCCUCAAAUCUGUAUUAUGUAAGGAAACCUACGUCGUCGGCCGUUACCGCCGGGUUUCCUCUAUAAAUCCACGUUCUCUCAAUAUAUUUGUAUCUUAAUAUUUCUCUUAAUGUCAAUGUGCAGCUAAGAUGUUAUUCCUGUGCCACGAGAACCUCGAACGUUGGCGCGCACGUGAGCGAAAUCGACGAAGCCAAGAAAUAAUCUCCGUCAGUAGAGAUGGGCGAUGUAUGUGCCGAUGAAACGAAUAUGUUUCCGUUCCUCCGUAUCUUCUUUUCAUCUUCAGAUUUUGUCACCGCUCCUCACGAGCCGCGAUACUUUUUCUUUUCAUUCGAUGCGACCCAUAUUUCCUAUUAUUACGAGUCUCGUUAUCGUGUUUUUUUAACUAAAUGUACUCGAUUCGUUUGAAUUGUCCCGAUAGCUGCUCAGAGAUUUUUCUUUCUUAGCCAUCUUCGAGCUAGAAGAUUUAUUUUCGAGUUUUACGAUUGCAAUAGGAAGAUACUUCGUUCACUUUCAACUUGUAUGACUCAACGGUAGGUCAGUUGCACUUGCACGCUACGCAAAUUGAAUUAAAUCGACUAAUAAUUAAAAACUGACUAAUUAAAAAGUCAUGUAUACAGAAUGAAAAAUAGGCAAAAUCCAACGAUAACUAUAGCAAAAAUUGUGAUAAUGAGAUAGAAAGCAUUUUAUAGGUCUUGAGAUCUCAAGUUUUCAGUACGUUAUAUGAUAUAUGAUCUUAAAAUUGUUAUUGACUUUUUACAAAGAUAUAUCAAGUUAAAUAUGAAAAAUAGCGCUCGUUUCAUUUCUAAUUUAAAUUUUCGGUUGAGGUUCGUUGUGACAGUGGCGGCUCGUAGUGUGGUCUUUGGAACUAAUAAAAAUAACGGGUCUCGAGCAAGGAUUUGCCGUAACGAUCGAGCUAUGAAGGGUUACUUUAACGGGUCUAACCGAAUUGGUUUUCAAUGGAGAAACGCGAGAUGGCACUGGGCAACCAUUAGCCAAUUGUUAUCGGGUCUAGCAGUUGGACCAGUUUCAGUUGGACCCUUUACGUCUAACUUUUUGUAACUAGACGUUAUUCUUACUUUUUAGUUUCAAACUCUCCGCUACGGGCCGCCACUCUCUUGAAGGAGGGACCGAACGCGUAGUUCGACUUAAACGACGGAUAGACCUUUUAUUAAACAAGCAGUACAGGUUAAUUACAAAUUAGACCACACUACGAGCAGCCACUGUCUCAACGAAUAGUCGAGUACGUAAUACGGACUUAACAAUGAAUCAGACUUUUAUUCUCCCUCGAAUAUAAGCAAACUUUAAUAUAGACUUUUACUUUUACUGUAAAAUAUUUGAAAUUCAAAUUUAUUUGUAAUAUCGGCAAAAAUGAUGACCCCAAGAUGAUUCUGAAAGUAUUUUACUUGAUUUCUUGGAGUCCCUAAUUUUUAGUACGUUACAACCACACAAAGUUACUGUAGCUUUUCGCAAAGAUAUAUCGAGUUUAAAUGAAAAAUGACGUUUGUCUAAAUUUCAAUCUCUUAUAUUCUGAUUAAGUUUCUACAUCGAAAAUGUAUUUCCCAAAUGGCAGAGUGACGUCAGAGGACGUCGUAUUGACGGCAAUAUGUCGUCUCUAGCGUCAAUAUGACGUCUGCUGACGUCAUUCUGUUACUUAGGUUGCAUUAGAAAUGUAUAUAUGCAUUUAAAAAGAAGAAAUUUUAAGCUUUCUAUUUAUUACUGAAUGUGAACUAUUUAGAAUUGAAUGUAAACUAUUUAGAAUUGAAUAUCGCAUACUAAUUCGUUCUGUCUUCUAUGAACGAUCAAAGCCGAAAAGACGUUAUUUUUAUACAUUAUCGUCUCGACUUAUCGUUGAAUGACCAAAACUGAAAAAAUCACAUUUAUUUGUUUAUUUCAUUUCUCUUAUUUUAACGUCGCUCUUCCCAUCGACAGUUUCGUAUAAACGUGCUAUCGGAUAUUUUUAAUAAUAAUUUAUUAUAGAUAUUAAGUAAAUAUUAAAAUAUUAAAGAUUAAUGGGCUAUUGUCGAUAUUUUUAAGAUAUAACUGAUUAUCAGGGAUAUUUAUUUUUUUACAAUCGUUCAAUUUUGGACGGCGGUUCAUUUGUUCAAUAUCGCCCAUUCCUAUCCAUCAGCGUAGUAAUAUAUAUAUAUAUAUAUAUAUAUAUAUGAUGUAAAUGCGAAGUUAGUGCUCAGAGCUUGCAAGCUCGCUAGUGAUAACGCCAAUUCGUUUCCACCUUAGUGUCUCCAUUGUAUCUCGUUUUAAUAUCUCGUUAGAAAGAUCGUUAUGUAACAUGUAUGUGGUAUUGCAUGUAUGCAAUCGAAAUACGCUCGAUGUCGCGAUAUCAUCGGUCUAUCUCAUUGCUGUGGAUGACAUAUAUAAAUCUAUCGAUUCUCUUUAACUUUACAAUUUCAAGUACUAUGUGUUUGUCUAGACAAUAAUAGAUAGAACCGAAGUGACAAUAAAGCGAUAAUAAUAUUGACAUAAUAAACUCGAAUUUUAAUCCACGCA